UUAAUCCGAAACUCUGCGUUUUGAUUGGACCACGUCCCUUAACUAAGGAAGAAGAAGAAGUAGAAGAAGUAGAAGAACGCAGGCAUAGCCAACCAACUUGGGCUUUUUUCUAUGUACACAACCUAACGAACCCUUCCUUCACCUUCAACGCCAUUACCAGAUUGACAGAUUCUCUUUCUCCCUCUCUCCAUCAUCUCGUGUAAUAAUGCGAGUUAUUUGAUUUUCUCGGGAAUUUAUCUCCGUUUGUUUCCGAGAGAAAGUUUUUACUAAGUGCAUCUUUACCUUUAAGGACUGAUUGAACUGAAAGGGUAAACUGGUUUGCAUGACAUUGGCCUUCAGUUACUAAACUAUGAUGGCCUACACAGGUUCAAUGCAGUUGCCUCGUGAAAUUAGGCUACACAGUAAUAGUGGGAUCUGUAGUUUCCAUAAUAAUCCAAUAGGUAUUGGGCGAUUACAUUUGGUUACCAUAAAUAUUUCACCACGCAGUUGGAAGCAGAAUUCUUCAGCACGCCAUCUUUUCAAUAAAGUACACGCCCCAAUAAGACAUGUGCCUUCCAGAUGUAAAGUUUUCAUAUGUAGGUCUGUCCUAAUACCAGGUGGAGGGAGUGGGACUCCACUCAUGAAAUCUGCUGCUGUAUUUUUAACAAGGUCGCAGGAGACUUUAAGUGGGAACCCUGUUUUGCUUCGAUUGAUCCCAGCACUUGGUAUCAUUGCCUUUGCUGUUUGUGGCCUUGAACCACUCAUACGUCUUGGCAGAGUUCUUAUUCUUCAAAGACCUGACAGUACUUGGAAGAAAAGUAGCUCCAGAUAUAUCAUGACAUCUUACUUCCAGCCCUUGCUAUUGUGGACUGGGGCAAUGCUCAUAUGCAGGGCACUAGAUCCACUUGUCCUACCAUCUGAGGCUAGCCAGGCUGUGAAGCAACGGAUGCUGAAUUUUGUGAGAUCUUUGUCAACAGUGAUUUCAUUUGCUUACUGUUUAUCAAGCUUUAUUCAACAAGCACAAAAAUUCUUUAUGGAGGCAAAUGACUCCAGUGAUUCAAGAAAUGUGGGAUUUGACUUUGCUGGGAAAGCUGUAUAUACUGCUGUAUGGGUUGCUGCAGUGUCACUGUUCAUGGAGUUGCUAGGUUUCUCCACACAGAGGUGGUUAACUGCUGGUGGUUUGGGCACAGUAUUGCUCACUCUUGCAGGUCGCGAGAUAUUCACAAACUUCUUGUCGAGUAUAAUGAUCCAUGCAACUCGGCCGUUUAUUAUGAAUGAGUGGAUUCAAACGAAGAUUGAAGGAUAUGAGGUUUCUGGUACAGUUGAGCAUGUAGGAUGGUGGUCACCAACAAUUGUGAGAGGUGAUGAUCGGGAAGCAGUUCAUAUUCCCAAUCAUAAGUUCACUGUAAAUGUUGUGAGAAAUCUGACUCAGAAAUCCCAUUGGCGCAUCAAGAGCUACAUUGCUAUCAGUCACUUGGAUGUUAACAAAAUUAAUAAUAUUGUAGCUGAUAUGCGGAAGGUUUUGGCCAAAAAUCCUCAAGUAGAGCAACAAAAGUUGCAUAGAAGGGUGUUUCUGGAGAAUGUCAAUCCGGAAAAUCAGGCUCUUAUGAUAUUAAUAUCUUGCUUUGUGAAAACUUCACAUUUUGAAGAGUACCUCUGUGUUAAGGAGGCAAUUCUCUUGGAUCUUCUUAGAGUUGUCACUCACCAUCGAGCUCGGCUAGCCACUCCCAUCCGUACAGUUCAGAAAAUAUACAGUGAGGCUGACUCGGAAAAUAUACCUUUUGGGGACACUAUUUUCACUCGAUCCAGAGCAGCAGGAAAUCGCCCAUACCUCCUUAUAGAACCGCCAUAUAAAGUUAAUGGUGAGGAUAAACCUAAACCUUCAGCUCGUUCGACUCGUCCAAAUGAGGAAAAAGAUGCCAAAGUUGAUGAAACCUUGAUGUCUGACCCCAAAGGAGAUGAGAAUUCAGUGGUGACAUCAACCACCUCACCUGGUGUAAGCUCCAAGGAUAAAUCCAAGACAGCUUCUGAAGCCCAGAGUCAGAAUCUGGGUUCUAAUGGUUCAGUUGAGAAGACCUCCAAAACCUUGCAGCCCAAAAAGGAAAAUGCAAAUGCAGGAAAGGGAGCAACAGUUCCCCUAUCGAAAAACCUUGCACAAAGUGCUGUGCCCGAAACUUCUCCGGUGACUUCACAUGAGUCUAGCAAAGGAGAGACAACUUCUGCUAGUCCUUCACCGUUGAAGCAAGAUGAAGAGAAAUCUGCUGUGUCCUCACCUUCAAUUAGGCCUUCCUUGGAAGAUAAUAUCCUCCUUGGUGUUGCUCUCGAAGGUUCAAAACGAACUCUACCGAUCGAGGAAGAAAUGACUCCCCUUCCUAUCCCUGGAGAGUCGCAAGAAUUUGCUGUCCAAAGGAAUGGGAGUGGACCUCCUGCUACCAAGGAUAAGAAGGAUCCUAAGCAGAAUGAUUAGAUUAGUAGCUUAGAAGUUGAUAUUUUAAUACCUGCGUUCUAUUGAAAUUAUGCAGAAAAUGAUCCAGCUGUCUUUUUUAAAGUUGGAAUUAUGCAUUGUAUUCACCCUAUAUAUAAUGAUGUACAUAAUAAUCAAUUCAUAAUAUUGUUAACUAUUACCUUCUGAAUAAUAGUGUUUAGUUUUAUGGUU